AUGAGUAAUUCAUUAAGCGGUGGAUAUAUUGUUCGAAAUGAAAAUGGAUUUGAUACAAAGUAUAAAUGUUUAGUUUGUUUGCAUCUACUGAAAAAUCCAGUUCAACUAGAUUGUGGUCAUCGCAUAUGUCACAGCUGUGUUGAUGCUCAGAAUAAUUUUGUUUUAUGUUUGGAAUGCAAAGAACAGACACUACUUUCAGAGGUAAAACUUGAUAAAGGCUUUCAUAAAGACAUGCAAACAUUAGAAGUCAACUGUAUCUCAUGUGAAUGGUUCGGACAGCUAAAGAACUAUCAGAAUCAUUUCGAACGAUUACAUCCUCAAUAUAAAUGUUCAUAUUGUGGAGAAAUAUUUGAUUCUCUACCAUUACAUGAACAACAUAUGAAGAAAUCAUGUUCAAAAAUACUUGUACAUUGUCCUCUUCAGCAAUAUGGAUGUCGAGAAGAAAUUCUUCGUGGUGAUUUGGAAAGGCAUUAUCGAACAAAAGAACAUCAAAGAGCUCUUUUAUUUUGCUUUGAUCAACUUUCUUCACAAUGGACAGAACAAUACCAAGCAUCGACAAACGUCGAUACUCACAUGAAAAUGAAAACUUCGGAUCACUCAUCUAUAGUUAAUACUACAUCAUCUACGACAAUAAUAACAGACGACCAUGGAAAUGAACACGAAUAUGUUAAUGAAAUGAUUAGUCUUUUGUCAAAUGGUGUUCAGACAUUGAAUGAUGAUGUCGUGCGUAUGAACAAUGAAUCAGUAGAAAAUUUUGAAUCAUUCAAAACAAUCGAUGAAGUUCUACCAACGAUAAAAAAAUCAAUUGAAGAAUCAAAUAAUAUUUUAGACGCAAUGAAUACUAAUUUAACAAUUCUACAUCAGGAGUUAUCAUCUUUAAAACAAAAAUAUGAAGACAAACAAGCCACUUCUUAUGAUGGAACAUUGAUUUGGAAAAUCAGUCGAUUUCAAGAGAAAAUGACUGAUGCAAAAUCUGAACGACAAGUAUCUAUAUACUCUCCACCAUUUUUCUCAUCACCUACAGGUUACAAAAUGUGUGCUCGUCUAUAUUUGUAUGGAGAUGGGAAUGCUCGUCGUACUCAUAUGUCUCUAUUUUUCGUUUUAAUGCGUGGUCCUAAUGACUCUAUACUUCAAUAUCCCUUUAGUUAUAAGGUUACAUUUUGUCUCUUCGAUCAAAGUGAUCAACGAUCUCAUAUCAUUGAUUCAUUUCGUCCUGAUACUAAAUCCAAUAGUUUCCAACGACCACGUUCAGAUAUGAAUAUUGCAAGUGGUAUUCCGAAAUUUGUUCCAAUUAAUACAGUUGAUAAUCCUAAUAGUCCAUACGUUAAAGAUGAUACAAUGUUUAUCAAAGUGAUAGUCGAUUUUGAAAAUAUAGCAAAGAAUAUGUUAUCAUACGUGUUCAGUUUAAAUCCAGCUUUACCAAUGCAUACUCAACAGCGGAUGAUACGUCAAAAAAUUGAAAAAAAGGCACAGCAAUCACAAUUAACUUCACAAGAAACUCCAACGAACAACGAAGCAAAAAUAUCUAGUAACAAUUCAAAAAAACACUAG